UAGUUAAAUCUAGGAAGCACAUAAUGUUGUGAGAAGUGUCGGUGCUGUGUAAGUUGUAAGAAGACAGCACUGCAAAUCACACCAACUUUCUCUCUCACUCCUCUUUCUUGUUAAAGCUUCAAUUUUUGCUGCCAAAUAUCUUCUUCUUCAUUCUCACAUUCCUCUUCUGAACUAAAUCUUCCACUGCAAAGAUCCAAAACACAGACAUGUUUGGUGUGGAUUUGAGGCAAGUGGUGGCUGGUAUUCUCACCCUUGCCAUGUUUGUUAUGCUCAUUCAUAUGAUCAAAAGAGACCAUUUUGAUGCUGUUCAAGACAAACUUCCCGGAGUAACGGAUGAAGUCAGCUUCGAAAGUGGAAAGUUCGAUGGAACUCAUGUAAGAAAGAAUUUAGGUCUUUACAAGGGAGAUGCCGAUGAGCUAAAAGCGUGUUGGGUUAAACCGUCUGAUAUGGGGGUGCAGAGUGAGGGGUAUGUUACUUUUUCAUUAACAAAUGGGCCGGAGUACCAUAUAUCUCAGAUAGCAGAUGCAGUGAUUGUUGCCAGAAGUCUUGGGGCAACCCUAGUGAUCCCUGACAUCCGAGGAAGCCAACCGGGUGACAAGAGGAACUUUGAGGACAUUUAUGAUCUUGAUGUAUUCAUGAGAAGCAUGGAGGGAGUUGUCGCCGUGGUAAAGAAUCUUCCUGAUCAAAUAUCAACAAAGAACAUUGCGGUGGUAAAGGUCCCUAACCGGGUUACAGAAGACUAUAUAGCUACACAUGUUGAACCAAUUUACAGGUCAAAGGGAAAUAUAAGGCUUGCAACUUAUUUCCCUUCAAUAAACAUGAGAAAGGCAGGGAAAAAAGGUGACACUGAUUCUGUUGCUUGCUUAGCAAUGUUUGGAAGUUUAGAGUUGCAGCCGGAAAUUCGUGACCUUGUUGACUCAAUGGUCGAAAGACUUAAAACUUUAAGCCGGAAGACAGACGGCCAAUUUAUUGCUGUAGAUUUGAGGGUUGAGAUGUUGGAUAAGAAGGGUUGCCGACCUGAUAAUGAUGGAGAAAAGAGCUGCUACAAUGCACAAGAAAUCGCGGUGUUCUUGAGGAAAAUUGGUUUCAACAAGGAUACCACAAUUUAUGUGACUGAAUCAAGGUGGGAUAGCAGCCUUGAUUCUCUGAAGGAUUUGUUUCCUAAAACAUAUACAAAGGAAGCCAUAAUGCCCGCGGAUAAGAAGACAAAGUUCUUAGAUUCUCAAGAUUCUGAAUUGGAGAAGGUGAUCGACUUCUAUAUAAGUUCUCAAAGUGAUGUUUUCGUACCGGCGAUCUCGGGUCUAUUGUAUGCAAAUGUAGCUGGUAAGAGAAUUGGUGCUGGUAAAACUCAGAUAUUGGUUCCAGCUGAUAUUCAAGAUUCAUCUGCUUCUGCCUCCAAUUUCCUGUCUCCAUAUGUAUCCAAGAAGAACCAUUUUGCCUAUUCUUGUUACUGCUAGUUUUCCAGUGAAGACAUUUGAAGAAGCUGGUAACAAAAAUGUUAUAUCAGAAACCUUCAAAAGGUCUUGUUGCUUUCCAAAACUACUCAUUAGGGAGUAUUAAGUGUUAAGGGCUUAAGGUUCUUUUUUUUCCUUUUUCUUUUCUUUUUUGCUUCUAAAUUGUUUUGAGCUUUCACCAAAAAAUGGGAGAGAGGUGUUCACAAGACUGGAGUUAUUUUUAUUUAAUGUGUACACAGGGCUUUCAGUUCAUGGUAUCUGUAAAAUAAUGCUUGCCUCAUAAGUUAUUUUUCAUAAUUGGUGAAACUGAAGCAAUAAUUUUUGUUUACAAAAUAGAGACGAAGUUGAUAAUAUGUUUUUGGAUGGA